AUGAGAGACAAUGGAUGGGAUUCUCCUUUAGGUCAGGUUGUUUCAUUUUGCAAAAAGUAUGAGAUUGAUAUUCCUAACAUGGAUGAUGUUCCUACUAUUCCAGGAAAAUCACGGCGUAGAGCUCCAAAGGUCACUAAUAUGCAUAGAUAUAAGGUUGAAUUGUUCACUGUAGUCAUAGAUAUGCAACUUCAAGAGCUGAAUGAUCAUUUUACAGAGACUACUACGGAGCUACUUUUUUGUAUGUCAUGUCUCAGUCCAGCUAAUUCAUUCUUAGCUUUCAACAAAGAAAAACUAAAUCGUCUUGCUGAAUUUUAUCCUCAAGAUUUUUCUGUAGUAUCACUCUUGGCUCUUGAAAAUGAAUUGGACACUUAUAUUUCAGAUAUGCAGAGUAGUGAUUUGUUUACAAAACUAAAAGGAAUUACUGAACUUGGAGAAAAGAUGGUUCAGACACAAAGAGAUCAGGUUUAUCUUUUAGUCUACUUGCUCAUAACAUUGUCCUUGAUUCUUCCAGUUGCAACUACCACUGUAGAAAGAGCAUUAUGUGCUAUGAAGAUCAUAAAAAGUGAUUUCUGA